GAUCACCUAACCUCAGGUGACAGUUCUGAGGAAGGCAGAAGAUACACAGCCAAAGUGGUUAGACAAGAAGAUGAGUGGUCGUGUGGAGGAAGACAAGGACACAGCAGAGUCUCCAGGACCCAGCUGUCUCUCUGUGAAGUCUAACCAGUCCAAAGAGUUCCCUCUGAACUUCAGUAAUGAACCUGGAGCAUCAGACACAAAACGUCAGAACCAGAGACGGAGACCAGAGUCUCCAGGACCCAGCAGUCUGUCUCUGAAGAGUGACUGGUCCAAAGAUCCACCCCCAACCUUCAGUCAUGAACCUGGAGCCUCAAAAACAAAAGACCAGUUUGCUGUUUCUGUGGACGAGCAGACGUCCCGCUGUCCUUUGUGUCAGGACGUCCUGAAGGAUCCAGUCUCCACCAGCUGUGGUCACUGGUUGUGCAGACGCUGCAUCUCCUCAUACUGGGACCAGUCUGGUUCACCAGGGGACUCCUGCUGUCCCCAGUGUGGACAGAGACCCAGACCAGGACCAGGACCACAGACACAGACAGAUGUUGGUCUGCAGAAGGUUCUAGACGAACAUAAGAUCAGUCUAAGGAGCAGAUUUAAACAUGUGACUGAAGGAACUGAAGGAACAGGAAGUAGAACCCUCCUGAACAGGAUCUUCACUGAGCUCUACAUCACAGAGGGACAGAGUGAAGAGGUCAAUACUCAACAUGAGGUGAUGCAGCUGGAGACGACCUCCAAGAAGAAGAUGGUACAUGACACUCCCAUCAAGUGCUGUGACAUCUUUAAAGCCUUCCCUGACCAGCAGGGGCGCAUCAGAGUCGUCCUGACCAACGGCGUCGCUGGUGUUGGAAAAACCUUCUCGGUGCAGAAGUUCACUCUGGACUGGGCCGAGGGUUUGGAAAACCAGGAUGUGAAUCUGCUGAUUGUGCUCUCGUUCAGGGAGCUGAACCUGAUCAGAGAUCAGCAGCACAGUCUUCUCACGCUGCUCCAUGUUUUCUAUCCAACAUUAGAGAAGGUCAGAGCAGAGAAGCUUGCUGUCUCUAAACCUUUGUUUGUCUUUGACGGCCUGGAUGAAAGCAGACUCUCACUGGACUUCAGCAGCAGGACGCUGGUUUCUGACAUCACACACAGGUCAUCAGUCAACAUGCUGCUGACCAACCUCAUCCAGGGGAAUCUGCUUCCCUCGGCUCUCAUCUGGAUAACUUCUCGACCUGCAGCGGCCAAUCAGAUCCCUCCUACAUGUGUUGACAGGGUAACAGAAGUUCGAGGCUUCACUGACGACCAGAAGGACGAGUACUUCAGGAAGAGAUCUAGAACUGAAGAUCUGUCUAGCAGAAUCAUCUCACACAUCAAGAUGUCCAGGAGCCUCCACAUCAUGUGUCAAAUCCCAGUCUUCUGCUGGAUCAGUGCUACAGUUUUGGAUUACAUGUUGACCACAGAGCAGAGAGGAGAGCUGCCCAAGACCCUGACUGACCUGUACUCACACUUCCUGCUGGUUCAGACCAAGAGGAAGCAGAACAAGUACAAUAAAGGACGUGAGACGAGUCCACAGGAGCUGAUGGAGGCCGACAGGGACCUUCUUCUGAAGCUGGGGAGGCUGGCCUUUGAACAUUUGCAGAAAGGAGACAUCAUGUUCUACCAAGAAGACCUGGACCGGUGUGGUCUUGAUGUGACAGAGGCCUCGGUGUACUCAGGAGUUUGUACAGAGAUCUUCAGAAGAGAGAGUGUGAUCUUCCAGAAAUCAGUCUACUGCUUUGUUCAUCUGAGCGUUCAGGAGUUUCUGGCUGCAGUCUACAUGUUCCACUGUUUCACCAACAGGAAGAAAAAGUUCCUGAAUACCAUCCUGAGAAAACCUUUUUUUAACAACCUCUCCUCAUUUUUUGGAACUGUUGCUAUAAGUGACGUAUCUCUGGAUGUGUUCCUGAAAGGAGCCAUGAAGAAAUCCCUUCAAAGUGAAAAUGGUCACCUGGACCUGUUUGUUCGCUUCCUUCAUGGACUCUGUCUGGAGUCCAACCACAGACUGUUAGGAGGUCUGCUGGGUCAGAAUCAGAACAGUCCAGAAAUCAUCCAGAGAGUCAUUGAGAACCUGAAGGAGAUGAACACAGACAACAUCUCACCUGACAGAAGCAUCAACAUCUUCCACUGUCUGACAGAGAUGAACGACCAAUCAGUGCAUCAGGAGAUCCAAGAGUUCAUGAAGUCAGAGAACAGAGAACAGAAACUCUCUGAGAUCCACUGCUCUGCUCUGGCCUACAUGCUGCAGAUGUCUGAGGAGGUUCUGGAUGAGUUUGACCUGGACAAGUACAGAACAUCAGACCAGGGGAAACAGAGACUGAUUCCAGCUGUGAGGAACUGCAGGACGGCUCAGUUGUGUGGCUGCAGUUUGACAGAGAUCAGCUGUUCUUCUCUGGUCUCAGCUCUGAAGUCCAACCCCUCCCACCUGAGAAAACUGGACCUGAGUGAGAACGAGCUGCAGGAUUCAGGAGUGAAGCUGCUGUGUUCUGGACUGGAGAGUUCACAUUGUAGACUGAAGACUCUGAAGUUGAGGGGCUGCAGUUUGACAGAGAUCAGCUGUUCUUCUCUGGUCUCAGCUCUGAAGUCCAGCCCCUCACACCUGAGAAAACUGGACCUGAGUGAGAACAAGCUGCAGGAUUCUGGAGUGAAGCUGCUGUGUUCUGGACUGGAGAGUCCACAUUGUAGACUGGAGACUCUGUGGUUGAGGGGCUGCAGUUUGACAGAGAUCAGCUGUUCUUCUCUGGCCUCAGCUCUGAAGUCCAACCCCUCACACCUGAGAGACCUGGACCUGAGUCUGAACAAGCUGCAGGAUUCAGGAGUGAAGCUGCUGUGUUCUGGACUGGAGAGUCCACAUUGUAGACUGGAGACUCUGUGGUUGAGUUACUGCAGUUUGACAGAGAUCAGCUGUUCUUCUCUGGCCUCAGCUCUGAAGUCCAACCCCUCACACCUGAGAGACCUGGACCUGAGACAGAACCAGCUGCAGGAUUCAGCAGUGAAGCCUCUGUGUGAUCUUCAGGAGAGUCCAGACUACAGACUGGAGACUCUGAGCAGGUGGUGGUCACGAGCGUGAUGAGUGUGUGUGUGUGUGUGUGUGUGUGUGUGUGUGUGUGUGAGGCCUGCACUGUGACGCUGCUUCAACAGAUCUGUGACAGAACUUAAACGAUGAUGGUGUGAUGUUUCUGUCCUAACUUCCUUAACCUGUGAUGAGCUGUUUCAACAUUUAAUCCAAGGGGAUUCAUCUACAAUGUUAAUAAUAUCCAUAAUCUUUACUACAUUAUGUAUAAUUACAUAUCUGCA